AUGUCCAAAUUUGCUGACAAGUUCAAGAAGUGGGCUAACAAGUCCAACUUAUCCAACAUAGAUCUUAUUGAAAAGAUCUGCCGCAUCAUGCCCGACAAGAUCUUGCAAGUACAUGCAGGAACUGACGAGGCGCAGUGGCCUACCACAUGGGAGGCUUACCUCGAUUGGGACUUGGACAUUGAACGCCGCAUGAAGCACACGUUCAUGACCACAAGCUCAAGGAAAGACCCCGAUGCCAUGCAGGUAGACGAGGUAAAGAACAAAGGCAAAGGGAAAGGGAAGGUGACAACCAAGGGGGAAGUCAACGCUACGGACAAGAAGUCGUCCGUAUGCAAAUACUGCAAGAAGGAGAGGAAGUACGGUCAUCGCUGCGAAGAAUACAAGAAAGCGAUGAUCAAGGAGGGCAAAUGGAAGGAGAAGGAAGGAGGUGGGGGAACGAAGGGGUCCGAACCUGCUAUGCAACGUCAAAAGAAAUAUAAGACGGUUGUCAGACGCAUAGAAAUGCAGGUCACGGAUGAUGAGGAGGAGGAGGCAGAAUCGUCGAGACUCGCAGUGGCGCGAAUUCGCGAAGUAGCCACUGACGAUGAGGAAGAAACUGACCUCGAGAUGUUAGCUCGUCUCGAGGCCAAGUACCCUCACUUACGCUUGACGUCCUCAGAGCCUGACACGCUCCAGGCAAACAAACCAGCCGCAUCAAGGCUGUCAUCUUUUUGGCAGGGAGCACUGUAA